AAUUGAAGCGCAAUAGUUUUUUUCGUUUUUGCAUUUUUUCGGGAGUUUUUUGAUUAAUUUUGGAAUUUUUAGGGGUUUUUAUGAUUUUUUAAGGCAAUUAUGUGUGGGAGAACGUGCUUAACUCUUUCUCCCGAUGAAAUCUGUGAAGCCUGCAGCAAAACAGACCAAAAGCUUGAAUGGCGUUCUGAACCGAAUCUCGGGCGUCGUUACGAAGGUCACAUCGACAACAAAGGCUACAACACGACGCCGCAAGAUAUCACUCCCGUACUCGUUUCCGGCGAUCAUUUUCUCGAUGAAAACGAAAAAUCCGAAGAAUUCCAACCCGUUGUCGUUCCCAUGCUUUGGGGCAUCAUUCCGCGUUAUCACAAAGGCGAUUACCGCAAACACGGAUUAACGACGAACAAUUGCCGCCUCGAAGGACUUCUUGAAUCUCGCAUCUACAAACCUCUCUUAAAAGCUGGUCAGCGCUGCGUCGUGCUCUGCGAAGGAUUUUACGAGUGGCAAACCGUGACGAAUGUCAAGUCAUCCGAACGAAAAGUUUUUUACAUCUUCUUUCCGCAAGAAAAAGGCGUCAAAAUGGAAGACAAAUCAACUUGGAACGACGUUAAAAGACUAAAACUCUUCAUGUGUGCCGGAUUAUUUGACGUUUGGUACGACGAGAAUGGCGACACGAUGUACAAUUAUACCGUGAUAACCUUCGAAUCGGACAAAACUCUGGCUUGGUUGCAUCACAGAACGCCCGCGGUCCUCGAAACGCAGCAACAAGUCGAUGAUUGGUUGGAUUUUCGGAGAGUUAGUGACACGGAAGCCUUGAAAUUGUUGACACAACCGAGAAAUUUGGAAUGGUAUCAGGUUUCAAAGACGGUAAAUAACUCGCGGAACAAGUCAGCGGAGUGUAAUAAGCCUUUGAGUGAAGAAAAAGUCCCGAAAAGUAAGAUGAUGCAACAAUGGUUGACAAAAAAUACGAAGAAUGAGGUGAAAAAUGAACAAAUUUCAUUCAAGGAGGAACUUGUUUCGCCGAAAAAAGAGAAAAUAUCUCCAAAGAAGGAAGGAAAUUCAUCAAAAAAUGAAGAAAUUUCAGUGAAAAAGGAAAAAAUUUCACCAAAAGGCAACAAAAAACGAUCGAGUGAUGAAGGAAAUAGCAGUAAAGACACAAAAAGAACCAAAAUUGAAUAAAUUUUAUUUUAAUUUUAUAUACAAA